ACAGACAAUUUCCGAGGACACAGGGUGAACUGAGUGUGACGGCAGGGCUUGGAUGUACCGCGGACAUUUUCGCUCUUUCAGUCUGUUAUUUUAAUAUUUGGUCAUGGUUAAUGCUAAGAUAGUGUCUUACUGUCAGGUCGGACUUGACUUCUAUGAAUUCCUGAAGGAGACAAGUCGAGCAUCUGUCACAGACAAAGAACAACUGAAAGUUAUUUACAACAGUGAGUUCAGGAACAGGAAUGCAGGGAUAAAAGACCCAUGCUUUGGAUCAGUCCUCUAUGGGCUGAGAUCUUGCAACAAAAUCACAAGAGGAAAAGGAGGCAACCAAAUCCGCUUCAGUACCCAGGUCAAAGCUCUGUACCUGGACCAGUGGCACUCACCCCGGGGCCAGCAAUCAGUGCCGGUCCAGAAUGGAGCAUGUGGUUCUGGGUUGGUCCAGGAUGUCGUAUCUGCAGACGGUGCAGAGGCGGGGGUUCGAGGCCGUAGGAAACUGGCUAAUCUUCUGAUGAAGAAACUGAAGAUAGACAGAUCUCAGUUCAUCUGUGACAAAAAUGGAAUUAAAAUCACCUCUGACCCUCAUUUUGAGAAUGGGAGGCUGUCUGUGUGCGUGGAAGACACGUUUGAGUACCAACUAUAUCUCAGUGUUGAAAACACUGGGACAGAAGCGGUAUAUUUUACCUACUACACCCCUCUGCACUGGCUCCGCUACUUCACUCUGACGGAUGAACAAAAAGUGACCAAGACAAACCCUCUGUUACUGAAACCAGGUGACAGCUAUGAAAUCCAGGUUUACUUCAGCUGCAGUUUGGUUGGCUACUAUCCGGCCACACUGGCCUUUGAAUUCAAGCCGGACCUGCAGACCUCCACUACCUUUCACAUUGUGCGUUAUAUUGAGGCUCAGUGUAUGACCACACUGGGAAAGGAGCUGGCACCCGAGGCCCCAUACAAACCUCGCUCCCUCCCUCCCUGGGUCCCUGUAACGGAUUGUUCGAUUGUGGACGGGCUGCGACCUGAUGGUCUGUCUGUGAUGCAGCUGAAAAAUGAAGUUCAGCUAAAACCGUAUCGAAUACCAGACUACAUGAACCAGCUCAUCAGGUCACUGAAGCAACCUGGAUCCUCCUCUGAUAAAAGAGAGUAUUUGUUAGAAACCCCCCUGUGCUGGAAGAACUACGCUGAAAAGUUCAAGUUGCUGCUGUAUCUGGAGGAACUUCAGAUGGAGGUGGACAUCAGGAGAUACAACAUCCCCAACAGUGAGAGAGAAGACGCCACGAUGGUCAGAGACCCCGUCAACAAGAAACUUCUCAUUCUAGAGGUACCUGGUGUGUCUGAGAACCGUCCAUCUGUACUACGAGGGGACGAGCUGCUGGUGUAUCCUGUUGGACAAACGGGGACCAAGUACCGUGGUUAUGUCCACAGUGUUCAGCUGGACAGUGUUAAACUGGGCUUUAGCUCACAACUGCUGGAUUUCUUCAUCGAAGGCAUGAAGUUUAACGUUGAGUUCACGAUCAACCGGCUGACCCUACGCAUUCAGCACCGUGCAGCAGAGUUUGCAGCCAGAUAUGAACUCAAACCAGUGUUGUUCCCUACUGCACCGCCCUCCUCCUAUGAGAAACCUUCACUUCUCAAACUGAGGCUGUUUGACUAUCAGCUGGAGAGAAACCCAGAGCAGUAUGCAGCUGUGCAGCACAUUGUAGCUGGUUCAUCCAAGCCUGCUCCUUACCUGGUGUUUGGUCCACCUGGCACAGGUAAAACUGUGACAAUGGUGGAAGCCAUUAAGCAGAUAGAGUACACUGACCCCACCUGCCACAUCCUGGCCUGUGCGCCUUCAAACAGUGCUGCUGAUCUACUCUGCAAGAAAAUUCUGGAGCACGUAGACAAGCGUAAAGUGUUCCGAAUGUACGCCAGCAGCCGGGAUCCGCAAGUUGUUCCCGAAGAACUCAAGGAGUGCUCUAACCUGGUUGGGAACUCCUAUGUUUAUCCUGCUAAAGAGAAGCUGAUGGAGUACAGGAUCAUGGUGACCACUCUGUUGACCGCUGGAAGGCUGGUUUCAGGAAACAUUCCCAUCGGUCAUUUCACUCAUGUGUUUGUGGAUGAGGCUGGACACGCUGUGGAGACCGAAUGCAUUGUGCCUUUGGCAGGGCUGCUCAAUCCAGAAUCUGGUCAAGUAGUUCUGGCUGGAGACCCCAAACAGCUCGGACCCAUAAUCAGAUCCCCAUUUGCGCAGAAAUAUGGCCUGGGCGUGUCCCUGUUGGAGCGAAUGAUGAAAACGAUCCCAUUGUACCAAAAGAACGAGGGGGUGUUCGACAGUCGAUUUGUCACCAAGCUGAUCCGCAACUACAGGUCCCAUCCUGCUAUCCUGAAGGUUCCCAAUGAACUCUUCUAUGAUAAUGAGCUCCAGGCUUGUGCGGAUGAAGUAUUACGCAGCUCUUACUGCAGAUGGGAAUACCUCCCGAAGCAGAAUUUCCCAGUGAUCUUCCACGGGGUGACCGGUGUUGAUGAGCGUGAGAAGAGCAGUCCGUCAUUCUUCAACAGAUCAGAGGUGGAGGUGCUGAUGGACUAUGUGAGGAAACUACUGCAGGGACAGGGCAAGAAGGGUCUGGCUAUGAUUGCACCCAAAGACAUAGGCAUCAUCGCCCCCUACAGGAAGCAGGUCCAGAAAAUCCGUAAAGCCCUGGAGAAAGUUGGAAAAGACCUCAAAAGUAAAACUAUGCACCAUCUGAAGGUGGGUUCAGUGGAGGAGUUCCAGGGUCAGGAGAGGAGGGUGAUCAUGGUGUCUGCAGUUCGAAGCAGCCCUAACUACGCCCAGAUAGACCAACAGUUCAACCUGGGCUUUGUGAAGAAUGAGAAGAGGUUCAAUGUGGCUGUGACUCGAGCCAAAGCCCUGCUGAUCGUGGUGGGAAACCCCAGAGUGCUGAGAACAGACCCUACAUGGAACUGUUUCCUCCAGUAUUGUAAGGAUGAAGGAGGCUACACUGGUUAUGAUCACAGAGAGGAAGAUGAUGAUGUGGUGGAGAGACUCUCUGCUCUCUACAUCACCAUUGAGGAGCAAGUGGAGACGGCAGAGAGCAUCAUUCAGCAGCACCUGGACCCAGAGUGGAGGAAUGACCUAUGAGACGGAGGCCCAGCUUCUCCCACAGAGAGAUUUGUCUUAACCCAUAAAGACCCAAACAUCCACCACCAAUCAAAAGCAUCUACUGAUCUAAACUGUUCAAUCAGGGUUCCCACAGGGUCUUAAAAUGUCUAAAAAGUCUUGAAUUUCCAAAUC